GUGUGGCACCCGUGGGUAGAACGCGAACCUCCUCUCUCAAUUCUGUGUCCUCCCGACCCUGUUCGAGAUUUAUAGAGAGAGACAGAGAGAGAGAGAGAGAGAGGGUUAGAGAGGAUAUAGGGAUCUUUUAAGAGAGAGAAAGAUUUAAGAGAGAGAAAGAGAGAGAGAGGGUUGGGGGGAGGGGAAGAGAAGCGAGAGAGAGAGAAUGUCGAAGAAGAAAGCUUCGGGAGGCUCGACUACGAUGACACUGAAAGACUUCCAUGGCGGUUCCAUUCCUUCCGAUCUUCCUCUCCCUUCUGCUCCUGGCGUAACUGUGAGGCCUUCGAGUCGCGGUUUCGAUCGCCAGUCACCCUGGGGACAACCUAUCGGGAGAUUAGAUAAUCGAUUAAGGCCCGGUUCAGCUGGGUCUGUGAGGAAUUUUGACGACAAGACUCCAUUUUUCAAUCAUAGUGCACAAAUUGGCCGGAAUUUCGAUGAGGAUGAACGGAAGCCCUUGGAUGGUGUCUCGGCUCCGCGCCGAACUAUCAGUGACGAGAGCACCCGUUCCAUGCAAAUUAGUUCUGAGCCAAAGCCUGAAUAUUCGUCUACUGGGAAGUUACCUAGUCGACAUGUUUCAGCUUCGGUGUCUGAGUUGUCUGGUGGUACUGCUAGUUCUUAUGCUGCAAAAUUUGCUGCGGCGGGUCAUGUGACAGUUAAUUCAGAGAGUUUGGGUAGCAGCAGUUCUUACUCCGCGAGAUUUACUGAAGCCCGACAUGUGGGAGGGAAUGGUGGGCGGAAUGUUGCUGCUGGUUCUUCUCCAAAUGCUUGGGCAGUGAGGAAGGAGGCAGUGGAUAUCAUGGAGCCAGUGCCUGCUGUACAGUCCGCACCAAAUGCUGCCCUUAAGUUUGCUAAUGCCAGUGCCCUUGAGAAGGUCUCUUCUGGUAGAUGGAUGUCCAAGCAAACAAUCCAUCAUCAGACAGAUAUCGAGGUCAUUAGACAUCCGGAAUCAGAGAGUGAAUAUCGAUCCAACGGUAACAAUAUUUUUAAUAAGAAUACUCACAAUGUGAUGCAUCCUGCGGGUGGUAUGGAAUAUCAUGACAUGGCAUUGGCAAGAGAUGCCGAAAGGAGUUUGAUUGUUGAUGAUGGCAUUCGUGGCAGCAGCAGGGAGUUGCUGGCCCAUGAGAGGGCCACGUCUCCUUUGUAUCCAGAAGCAAAAGAGAGGAAACCGACAAUGUAUGCUGAAGGGCUUCCGGCUCUUAGCAACGGCAAAUCUGGUGGAUUGGAGGUGAAAUCACCAACGCCUUCAGAACCAUCUGAACGUCCUAAAUUAAAAUUACUUCCAAGAUCUAAGCCUUUGGAGGGUUUGGAUCAACCUAUUGGUUUUAAGCAGGGGUGCCCGCAGCCAACUGAUUCAGAUCAUGUGGAAGAUGCUAAUGAAUUACAUGGAAAUGCAAAUCUUAUGAAACCUGUAGUAGCUGGAUCUGACAGUGGGAAUCGGGCCGUAGAGCGUCCAAAAUUGAAUUUAAAGCUCCAGCCCCAGCCGAAUGAACAAUUAGAAGGAAACGUUGAAAAAGAAAGGAAAACAUUAUUUGGUGGUGCUCGGCCACGUGAAUUGGUUCUGAAGGAGCGAGGCAUUGAUGAUGUUGCUGUCAACAGUCGUGAUCUGAGUCAGCCUCCCAAUAGAGUCGCACAAGAUGUACCCAGGUCCCCGAAUGUGCCUCUGCAUGCAACGCCAACCCGCUACAAUGAAAGAGCUGAUAAAAAUUCCCAUGAUCAUCGGAUCGGAAAGAAUACUGAUAGGCGAGAUCACCAGUUGGAUGCUGAGAGGACUGAUGUGCAGAGGAGGAAUUGGCGAAGUGAUAAUUGGAGCAGCAAGGAAACUGAGAAGGACCGGCAGCAGCAGCAGCAGCAGCAGCAGCCACGCGAGAGGCCGCCUUCGCCAGAGACCUGGCGAAAGCCUGUUGAGCAGCCAAAAACAGCCUCCCAUGAUGCUGCUGGACUGCGUAAUGGAAAAGCGGCUUCAGCGGUUGAGCUAGCCCAAGCGUUCUCGAGAUCAAUCUCAGAUUCAAAGACAGCAGACCGAUUUUCUGGCCAAAGAGGCCUCCCUGGCCGGGGCCAGUUGCCUUUUUCUCGGCUGACAGGUCCAACCCCAAGGCCUCAGAUUAACAAUUACUGAAUUUUGAAACGUGCGUCAGAUGUUCACUGGUGAAGAGAGAGCGUCACCGGGUAUUGUGAUUUUAGUUGAAGGAUAAAGAAUGUGUGCAUUUUCAAGCUCUUUGGAGUACUUCGCAGCAAGAGGGCAGACAGACACCUAACUCUGUUUAAUUUUACCCCAUUACAAGAUUUUAAAAAUUGAUGCUGUUCUUCUGUCAGGGUCUUCCCUCCCCUCCCCCUCCCCCUCCCCCUCCCAAUUCCGAUGUGCCCUCCUCUUUCUCCUCCAGUUACAAAAAAUGAAUAAAUAUGAAUAAGAACCCCUUUUUAUUAUUAAAAUUUGGCUUUUACAUUAUUAUUAAGGAUGGUGUUUUUAUUUUUUCUUGUGAAAAUUAGGAUGAUAUUGGCCAUUGAUUUUGAAAAUUAAGGGCUUGGUUUAUAAUAUAUGCUAUCAUGACAUGUCUGGGAGUUA